CGCAUGCGCCUGACAAAUUCGGCCAUAUUGUUAUGACGCAUACAAGAUCAUAGGUCUCCGCCAGUGACGAGUCUUCUCGCAGUUGACGUGGCUACUACGUACCGUCCCGUUCGCCCACUCCGGACGCAGCAUAUACGGUGACGAGGAAUACGUAACUGGUGAGCUAGUCUGGCAUGGACGGAAUGGUGGAGGAGAAUGGUACACCGAGCGGAGCGAAUGUUGCGGAUCCAUUGGCCAGCCCGGGGUCUUCCAAUACAGCCCCGCAUGUUGUCGUGACGAGUAUAGUUCAACUAACAUUACCCACGCAGGCUCCAUCAGCACAGGUGCAAUCUGUAAUCCAACCUAAUCAACAAUCAGUGAUUCAAACAGCAUCUAAUAUACAGUCAGUGCAAUUACCAAAAGGCAAUGUGAUUCUUGUAAGCAAACCAAAUUCUGUUAUACACACAACACAAGGAACUUUACAAACAUUACAGAUAAAACCAGAGCCUAAUACAGUGGUCAGCACACAAGGACAAUCAUGCAGUGAUGAAAGUGGUAGUGAUGAUGAAAGUCCAAAAAGGAAAUACAGAGAAAUGCUCACAAGGCGGCCGUCAUAUCGUAAAAUAUUGAAUGACUUGGGAGGAGCUGAAAUAGCUGAAAAUCGCAUGGGAACUAAACCAGGACCUGAGAAUGAAGUGUCGCUGUCAUCUCCUUUGUCAUUUGCACCAGUUAUUCCAGCGGGAGCAUUACAAACAGAAAGUGGUCUUCAUACUUUGGCGGUAUCAGGAACUACGGGUGGCGGCGCAAUAGUGCAAUAUGCUACCAACCAAGAUGGCCAGUUUUAUGUGCCGGGUCCUAUAUUAGAAGAUCAAACCCGAAAGCGCGAACUUCGCCUUUUGAAAAAUCGUGAAGCCGCCAGAGAAUGUCGACGUAAAAAGAAAGAGUACAUUAAAUGUUUAGAGAAUAGAGUAGCUGUUUUGGAAAAUCAAAACAAAGCACUCAUAGAAGAGCUUAAAUCACUGAAGGAGCUAUAUUGUCAACAAAAAACAGAAUGAGAUCCAGCUGGCUAGCCAGAUGUGCCAUUGAAAAUGCUGGCAGAUGCCAUGAGGCACACAUUGGCAGUAUCUAUGCUGAGUUCAUAAAAUUCUAACGGCCCAAGAUGCUGUGACGAUAAAAAUGUUCAGUGCAGUCCAAAAAUACUGAAAAUUAACAACAAAUUGCCAAGAGUGUCAUUUACUGUAAGAAUACUUUCAAAGUCUUAUAACUCCUUGAAUACAGACCAAGAAAUAAUCAGAAACACCAACAAUUUAGAAACAUCUAAUUAAGUCCUGUAAAUAAUAAUAUAUUUUUAUCUGAAACUACCUGCAACUAAAGUAAUAAGAAAGAAUUUUAUAAAAAAAAAGUCUAUUUUGAGUAGAUUUUCAUCUAUCAUUUGAUAAAUCGUAAUGUAUUGUUAGAAUUUAUAUGUUUAUCUAUUUGAUCAUAUUCUAUAAUGUUAUUGUUUUCUUUUUGUCAUCUAGUUGAUUAUUUUUAUAUGUUGCAAAAAUCAAUGCUUACCUGUCUGAAAUUGGUUGUCUCUAUACAAUAAGUACUCUUUUUUGUAAUGACGGCCCGUAAAAUGUUUUGAUAUACCUAUGCCAUAACUAGAAAAAAAUGGUGACAAAGGCCCUGUUGAUAUUUUAACCAGAUAGUCUAUACUAUAGACAGUUUUUUGAGAAAUGUUGUAGUUUGCCAUGAUAGAAAAUUCACUUCAUCUGUCCUUUCCGGGAUCUUCAAAGGUUACGAAAAUAUUAAGAUAUUAUUUUACCGCUAAAAGUUUCAAUAGAUAAUCCCUUAUUAAUCUUAAUGUUCACCUAUUAAUUAUUAUUGUAUUAAAAAAAGUCUGUCCAUUAUUUAAAUUCAGUGGUAAAUAAUUUGUUAUUUCUUUGUGUAUGCGUGAGUUGUAAAUAGUCAUAUUACCAUUACAACUCAUUUUUACCACAUUUUAUGAAGAGAAAAGAAUUACCGAUUGUAAACCAUUCAUUCAUUUAAGUCGCUUAGGUAUUAUUAACGCCUAAAUGGUGAUUUAAUAGAUAAGCCAAAGUUAUUUUUUAGUUCUUUCGUGCAAUAACCCUAUUGCAAUGUACAGUUGAAAUUAGUGAUGUACUAAAUUUCACACAUAAAAAAUGGAAUGUACAGUGUGUACAUAUAGCUAAGAUAUGUAUAGAUUGUAUUUAUAUAAAGUUUGAUUAUAUUGUACAUAUUAAAAUGAGGAAGUAAAUUGAACGAAAAUUGACUCACUCGCAUAUCACAAGAGGUUUUAUUAUGCUGGUUAGUUUUUACAAACAUAAACCUAUUAGUAUUUUUUGCUAUGAUAAAAUUACAGUAUGUGGAGUUUUACUAAUUUUCUUUACAUUAUCUUAUCAUUUUAAUCUUCUUGGAGGGUAAUUAAUUGACUUUCAUUAUUAAAUAUAAGAUUUUAUAAGUAGUCAAUUGCCAUUAAUAUCAUGCCGAGCUCAUAAGUUACUGUUGUUCGUUUUUUUUGUUAUGUUUAAUAAACAAAGUAGACGCAUGUCUUUAGUGGCAAAUGGCAACAAUUAAUGUAAGACAUUGUGGAAAGUGCCUUUUAAAUUAGAUUGGAUAAAGUUUAUACCAACAUAGCUUUUUAUGUUAACUUAUGCUAUUUAUAAAUAUUAAUAAUAUUAACUGUUUGAUGUA